AUGUUCCUUGGAGAAGAGUAUUACGGAGAAAGUGUUGAUGAAUAUCAAGGAGAUUGUGCUCAGGAAUAUCAUUUAGACAGUACCGAUGAAUACCAUGGAGAAAGUGCUGAUGAGUAUCGUGAGGAAAGUGCAGAUGAAUACUAUUGGGAUAGUGCAGACGAAUAUUAUAAAGAAAGCGAGGUUGAGUAUCAUGGGGAGAGUAGUGAUGAAUAUUAUGCAAAAAGUGUGGAUGAAUAUCCCGUAGAAAGUGCAGAUGAACAUCGUGAAGAAAGUGCAGAUGAAUAUCAUGGAGAGAACACGGUUGAAGUUCGAGGAGAAAGCGAGGAGAAAUACCACCAAGAAAAUGCACAAGAAAAUCAAGCGGAAAGUGUACAUGAUUAUUUUAGUGAAAAUGCUAAUAAAUAUCCUGAAGAAAUUUCCUUAAAAUUUCACGGGGAAACUGCUGUUGGAAACUACACAGAGCAGUAUCCCAUAGAUUAUGAAGGUAAACUCCCAAAAACACACCAAGUAAAGUAUCCCGAAGAAUAUAUGGAAGUAUUCCAAGAGGAAUACACUCAGAUAUUCAAAGAAGAAUUUACAGCGUUUUAUCAAAGUAAGUACCCACAUCAGUAUCCUGUACGUCCUCAAAUAGGAUAUCAGCCGCAUUAUCCUCUAAGACCCCAAAUAGGAUAUCAGCCUCAGUAUCCUCUAAGACCACAAAUAGGAUAUCAGCCACAGUAUCCUCUAGGACCACAAACAGGAUAUCAGAUUCAGUAUCCUAUGAGAUCGCAAAUUGGAUAUCAGCCUCAGUAUCCUGUACAUCCACACGUAGGAUAUUCGACUCGGUAUCCUAUGCAACCCCAAGUAGGAUAUUAUCCUCAGUAUCCAAUGCAUCCCCAAGUAGGAUAUCAUCCUCAGUAUCCUAUAAAGUCGCAAUUAGGAUAUCAGCCACAGUAUCUCGAAGGAUACUCUGUGGAAUACCCAAAUUACGCAGUACAGUUUGUAGAGGAAUUGCCCUUAACAAACUCUACUGAGCAAUGGAUAGUAUCAACAAAGGAAACGUAA